UGUGUCUGCAGGAAGCUGGCCAGGCUCAGCGUGUGCUCGGCCUGAAGAAGGACGAUGCGUGUCAGUGUGAGGUCAACUCCACGGCGUGGUCUUUUCCUGUUCUGGAGUACGAGGCCGUACUGCAGGAGGUUCAGAMCUGUGAUCAAUCUCUGAGCAGUCUGCAGGAACAGUUGACGGUCUCCAUCCAGCGUCUUCCUCAGAUUCAGGCUCAGGUGGAGAACAUGACCGCUCGACUGCAGCCCUUUCAGUACCUUCRUCACAAGGGUCUGUACACAGUUUUGUCUCUGCGCCUGCUGGGCCAGGAGCUCAGCCGGCUGGAGGCAGACAUCAGUAUGACUCACUCACAGAUGAACAAUGCCCAGACACAGAAACUCUCCAAAGAGGUGAGUAAACUGCGUACAACUGUUGAGAGGAUGCAAGUCUCCGACACGGUUAACAUGAAGACUGUGAAAGAAAAUCUGCGCUACCUAAAGAACAGUGUGGAGUCCUGCAAGACAAUCCCCAAAGAUUUCAGAGGCCAGCAUUCAUACUGCCUGAAGGGUCUGAUCACAGGCAUCAGUGAGCCCGUCACAACCAAAGUCAGUCCGUACGGUAAGAGCUACAUCUCAGGUUCGUGGGGUAAGCAGGCAAAGAUGGACAGCGAGGGGGAAAAGAACAGCUACUGGGUUCAAGCUCUGGUCAACAGCCAUAUCUAUGGAAACACCCUGCGGGUUUACCAAACCUACACAGACUUCAUAGCUUCUGUUAACCACAAGGACUUUACCUUGGCUCCAUCUCACACUCACACCAACUCCAUUGAGGGUCCCAGUGCUGUCCUGUACGGAGAGGCUCUGUACUAUCACUGCUACCGCUCUGCAGACAUCUGCCGCUACGACCUGAAGACAAACACUGUCAAACGGGUGACGCUUCCAGGCACCGGUGUGGGCUUCAACAACAAGUUCCCUUACUGUUACUAUGACUGCCGCGCUAACAGCGACGUGGACCUGGAGGCAGAUGAGACCGGACUGUGGGCGAUCUAUGCCACUCUGGGUAAUCACGGCAACCUUGUGGUGAGUAGGCUGGUUUGGGACGAUGAUGCUCAGACUCUCAACGUGUCGCAGACGUGGGAGACGAGGCUGUUCAAGAGGGCAGUGAGCAACGCCUUCAUGGUGUGCGGCGUGCUGUACGCCACUCGAUACGUGGACGAAUACCAGGAGGACGUGUUCUAUGCCUUCGACACAGCCUCGGGGAAAGAAGAGAACUCACUUUCACUGACGAUGCAGAAGAUAGCUAAAGGAGUGGCCAGUCUGAGCUACAACCCCCUGGACAGGCAGAUCUACAUGUACAACGAUGGAUACCUUCUGACCUAUCAGGCUCACUUCUGAUUUGAUGCUUUCAUGUACUUUUCAUUUAUUCAUUUAAGUUCUCUUAUUGCAUUAAAUUUACUUAAAAAUUACAAUAAAAGACGUGUUUUUUCUCCAAAAUUGCUGUCUAAUAGAUCCUCAUGAUCA